AAUUUAUGUGAUUUGUUUUUCUAAUUUAAAUAUUAGAUGAAAUUAAAUUAACGUCGAAUUUUAGUUUCUAUUUUGAAGUUCCUGUUGUAAGAAGAAUCGAAAAUCUAUUGUCUCUAUUAAGAGGUUUGGUUUAUCUCUUUUACUGUGAUUGUUUUGUUGUUGUUGUUUGGAGAUUAAUUUAAUUGUGGAACUUUUUUUCAAUUGGAAUCAUGGCUUCAGCAGUUACUUCUACUAGUGAUUUACAAGUUACAUAUGAAGAUCAAAGUAAAAUCAAUCGUUUUGCUUGUCACAAUUCUAAAUUAGAAGAGAUCAAAGAGGAAUUGGUUAACAAAGAAAAGGAACUGAAAAAUAUAGAGGAAUCAAUUGGAGAGAUGGACUUGUAUUCAACUCUGAACGAUGAUGAAGGUUUCAACAUCAUGGAAGGUGAAAUGUUUGUUCACUUCACCGGGGAAGAAGCGUUGGAAUGGGUGAACAAGAAGAAGGAGGAAUUGAGCCGAGAAGUUUCCACCAUGAAAGAUGAAGUUGAUCGAUUACGGGAAGAGAUGAACAACCUGAAGACUGAUCUCUAUGCUAAAUUUGGUCGAAAUAAUAUCAAUUUAGAAGCCGAUGAACAAUAAGAUCAUUUUUUUACUUAAAUUCACGGAAAAUGAAACCCGAUUUUUGGAUAAACGCGGAAUAAGUUAUCGACAGUAAACAUUUCAAUGCAAAAAUGAGUUUUAUUUAUCUUUUGGUUACAAUUAAAUUUAUUUUUAAACUUGA